CCAGCUCUCUAUACUAGCUCCCACUACGAAAGAGACUAUACAUACAUCUAUCUAUCCGAGAUCAACUUAAUUAGCUUUCCCCUAGCCAUGGCCGCUUUGGUCCCAAUCCUACAACUCCUUUCCAUAUCAUUCUCCCUCUUUUCAGCGAGUCAAGCCUCCGGAGGGAAUGACACGAACGACGCCACGUUCAACAGAACCCGCCGUGUGUGCCAUCCCUGGAGGUUCGAAAAGCUCGGGUUGAACAUCAAAGACUUUGGGUUCUGCGACGUGUCGCUGGGGUACGAUGUCAGGGUCAAAGAUCUGGUGGACCGAAUGACGCUCGCUGAGAAAGUGCAGCAGCUUGGUGACAAUGCCCGCGGCGUUGCUAGGAUCGGGCUUCCCAGCUACGAGUGGUGGUCCGAGGCUUUACAUGGCGUCUCCGACGUGGGGAACACCGACAGAAAGGGUUCUUAUUUUGAUGAGGAUGUGCCUGGUGCCACUAGCUUUGCCAUGGUCAUCACAACUGCAGCUUCUUUUAAUCAAUCCUUGUGGAAAGCCAUUGGCCAGUAAGAGGUCUGAACCAUUAAGAGCUAGUAUAUUGUUUAACUAUUCAGAGGCAAAUGUCUGAUCAAUUCAGAUAAGAGCUCUUAACCAUUCAGACUCUGUAUAAUACUUAACCAUUCAGAGGCAAAUCUCUUAACCAUUCAGACAUCUGAACCAUUAAGAGGCUGAAACAAACAGUCUGAACCAUU